ACCGGAUACCAGUAUACCAGACAUAAUGAACAGUAAACUGAACACCUCUGAGAUGGGUAGAGAAACUCCCACAGUGCUUGAUAACUACCAUAGAGGCUUGUGGUCCGUGCUCCGCUACACCUAAUAAUGGAGACCUUAAAGGAACAUUGAGAUCACCCGAGACCACUGACCGGUGAACCUUAACUGGUGAGCGGUGGUGCUCUGUGCUGCAUGUUUCCCACUACCCUCCUGACCCCACCAUGGAUAACAAUGCAGCUCGCCGCUCGCAUGAUCCAGAGAGAUUCUAUAAAGGACUGCGGGCAGCAGUGCGGUUCGUAGUGUGGACAUUAAACAACCUCUACUGUAUCCCAGUCUACUUCUGUUGGCUGCUCGUUUUUCAGCCUCUCAAAUGGUUUACCCCCUCUACGUACUGGCUCUUGGAAGGUGCCUUGUUCCGAUGGUUGCUCUCCAUGGUGGCUCUCUGGUCCUAUAGCGCGGGAUACAAUGUUGUUGAACUUGGAGAUGAUGUUUGGGAUCUGAUUGAACAGCGGACACUGGUGCUAUUCAAUCAUCAAUCCACAUCUGACGUGCCACUAAUAAUGGCUGCCUUCAAUUCCCGGCCAGGAUUGUCCAGUAAUAUAAUGUGGAUUAUGGACCACGUUUUCAAAUUAACUAAUUUUGGGGUUGUUUCCUGGGCCCACGGGGAUUUCUUCAUUCAUGGUGGAAAAGACCACAGAGAUGCGUCACUACUUAAACUUGGCCAUCAUCUCCAUAAAUUCUACAUCCCUCGCAAGCGCAAGUGGCUGGUCCUUUUUCCUGAAGGGGGAUUCCUUAAGAAUCGGAAACCUGGGAGUCAGAGGUACGCCUUGAAAAACAACCUUCCACUGUUGGAAAAUGUUGCCCUGCCCAGAGUCGGUGCAUUGAAAGUCAUCAUGGACAAUGCUGCAGCAGACAGUUGUGACGACGGUACUGAUCGUAUCAAAUACCUACUUGAUGUGACAGUAGCAUACCCAGGUGGUCGCCCACUCGACCUGCAGACUAUAUUUGGUGGCUGGAGACCUAGCUGUGACACCAUAUUCCACUACCGCAGGUUUAACAUUGAGGAGAUUCCUAGAGAAGAAGAAGCAUUAAAAACAUGGCUGUAUACCAGAUAUGAGGAGAAGGAAGUAAUCCUUCAGGAGUACUAUGAAACUGGUAUCUUUCCUGAUACUCCUACCCCUCAUGCACCAAAAUUUCAACCAGAAAAUGUACGCAGACUGACUGGAGCCAGGGUGGUGCAUGAUCCCUUGGAAUUUAUUCUGCGACAUUGUUUCUUUCUUAGCUCAACUUACAGUUGGAUUUCCCUUUUGUACUUUUUGUACAAGACACUUUGUCAGCUGCUUUGGUGAUCCGUCAUUUGUACAGAAUACAUAGGCAUUUUGCUGAUGUUUGCAUUAUUAGAUGCAGUUCCAGAUCAGUGAGAGAGAAAUAAACCAGUCAAAAAGAGUUCUGGUGAAGCUGAACUCUUAGAAAUUAUACUAUUUAGUGAAAGAAACAUUCAAGGUUAGUCUAUGAAUAACAAUGUCGCAUAGGAUUAGUUGAAACUAGUAAGUUUUCCUCAGAUGAAACAAUGUAAGGGAAAACAGCAGACAUUAGAUAUCCUUUAGCAACAGAAAUGGUACAUCUGUUUGGGAAAGUUAUUUAGAAGUGAGUUAAUUUCCUUGCUGAUGUGCAGAAGCAGUUAAAUGUGUGCAUAAUAGACAGCAUAAUAGAACACUACGAAAUCUGAUAUUGAAAGCGAGAUUAAGCAGUAAGCGUCUUCUGUUGUACUAGUGAAUGUCUAAAACAGACAAGAAUUUAUGAAAUCUACUGCUUAUGCUCUGUAGUCACUCCAAGUAUGUAAUAGAAAAUCAUCCAAUGUAUUUGAGAAAUUAGUGCUAUGAUUGAAUGGACACUAGCUUAUCAUUUCAUUCAUAUAGAGGAAGCACUCUUGUUAAUAUCAUGAAAAAAUACAUUCUUUAUUUCUGUAUGUAGACCACGGUAGCUUUAAAUAUUUUUACACAUUCUGAAAUCAUGUACAAUGCUUUCCCACUGCAGGUGUGACCUUAUUGUGACAAUACAGCCGUGGCAGUGAUAAUGACAGUUACAGUGGAUACAUUCAUGGCCUUUUUUGUAAGUAGUUAGCUCUGUAGCACUGGUAUAGGCUUAUUAUUUGUCAUAUCAUUGUCAACCAGGCUAAUGAAGAGCUUUUCCUGUAGUGAUCAUUCCCAGCCUCCCAUCGUUACACUUCAACAUGUGUGUAGUAUGCCUUAUUUAUCUGAGUGUGCGGGCGGUGGUGCGUGGACAGUGUUGAGAAGAUGUCAGUUUUUCAGCACCAUUCCUCAUGGUAGGGUCUGAAUGAGAAACAAUUACCUCUUGGUAAGUAUACAUUUUAAGGUACUGUAUUGUAAGGAGAAUGUGUGAAUGUAUUCCAUGGCAAUUUUUUUUUAAUACUAUACAUGUACAGUACUACAAUUUGAUUAAUGUGUUAAUUAACAAAUUAUAUUGGUAACUCACUUUUAUUACAAUUGUUAACCUGUUUAUACUCGUGUUAAAAUUGAUUAUACUGUAUAUUAAUAUGUUAAGCCAGGAUUUAGUUCCAUAUAUUUUCCACACUGCAUAUCAAAUACUGUACUGCCUUUUCUGUGGAUAUCCUCUCCAGCUUCCCAGGGCUAUACCAGGCUGAUGUGUAUAUAUUAGACCGUGGCAACAGUCAAUUGAUGGAGUUCUUA